UUACUAAUCCUUGAAGACUACUGCAAAUCCAGUCUUUUUCUUUCUUGGAUAGAUUUGUAUCUUCCGCGCCAGUCCGCAGCAUUACCGCCCCAAAACAAACUCUUCAGUUCCACCCAUUCUCUGUCGCACUAGACAAAAAAGCUGCGCAUUCCUAUGCGCAGGAUCCUGGAAACAUAGAGAUACUACCCCAGAAACUUGGAAAUCUUAGUCUCAUCUGUGGAGUCAGCAUGUUCACUGAAAAUGAUGUGAAGAGCAUUUUUUCCCUUUUUCCCCCGCAGACUAGCGCAGAGUUUAUACCACAAUUUGCCCUAGCCUCCAGUGGGAAUGGUUUCAUUACACUUCAGUUUGCCCAGGCACAGUUUCGAAGUCAUGUAACAAGAGAGACGGAACGAAUCUCAAUAUCUGAGUUGGCAAGUGAUCUUGACAUAAGCACGACUCUUGUACACCAACUUGCACGGAGCCAUCCAAAACUAUGCCUGCUAAGUAAGGAUCAAGAAAAUAUCAUUCCGAUCGACGAGAGAGAUGCAUUACAGCAAAAACUUGCUGAUUUGCUCUCUUGCGGAGUGCACUCCAAAGCCGAUUUUGUUUCUCAACAUGACAUGUGGCCCAAGAGUCUUGAUGCCUUACUUGCAGAUCAAACCCACGAUAUUGUAAACAUAGAUGGCUUUGUGUGCAAAGGAGCUUACGAGAAAGAGACUUCCAGCAAUAUUACCAGUAGAGUCAGGCAGGCACUCGAUGAACCACAAACCAUCACCAUCUUGCCCGAAGACUUAUCCGGAAGUCCACCAGCAUGGUUCAUAUUCCGGACUCUAGAAAAGGCACUGGAGUCUGAAAACCUCACAUCCCAAGUUACUAUCGAGCAAGACCGGAACCGUGUAAUUUGCACACCUAAGCAACUUGUAGAAUCAAAACGCAACGCAACAGUCGAGGAAUUAAAAAGCGGUACACUGGAGUACUUGGAUUUAAGACAGUUUGCCGCAGACUACUCGGAGCUAGUCCCAACCUACGAAGACGCGAUAUCUUACUUCCAGAACAUUGAAGAAGUAGAUGUAUUGGAUUCUUUUGCUAUUUCAAAGCCAUGGAUGGCGCAAAUUGAGCAAGACUCUAUACGGAUACUCACGCAAGAAGGCUCUACUUUAGAUGUCGCACAAUUAAUUGGCCCGUGUCUGCCUGCAGCCAUCAUGAAUCCGAUAGUCGCCAAAGUCAAAGAUUCCGUCGUCAAUGCAUUCUCUCAAAGACCACAAGAAGAAAGAAUCGUCCGCGUCGGCCACUUGAUCCUCACCGAAGCCCGACGAAACUGCGCACUGGAAGAGCUAUCAGAAUACGCAAAAGCAGACGCAGAAUCGCAAUGGCGACUUCUCCGCGCCGACCCCACAAGAACCGACGACAUAAAAUUCAGCCGUGACAGAGUCCGAGCCUCGAUACCCAAACUGUGUCUCGUCCAGCGCUUCCUCGCCGACGAAAAGCCCGUGGAAAAACUCUUCGAAGAAACCUUCCUACAGACCCUCUCGUCUCUUGAGACACCAAACGAAGCAGACUUUGCAACCUACUGGACCGACCGCGUCCUCGCACGCUUCCAAGUCUACAAAACAGGCCUCUCUCACGUCGCAGAUGAAAAACUACACGACCAGCUCGCAGACUUACUCGCUGCCUAUGCACACAAAGACCUCAUUCCGGACACGAUUGCCAAAGCGCGGGCGCAGGGUCUCGUACUGAGUCGCAAGACGCGCAAGAACAUAGCUCGACUAUCUAGUAUCCUAGACACAGCAAAGACAAUGGAUAUUAGCGCCAUGACGUCUGCGCUGGAGAAAUUCGCAAAGAAACAAGGCAUCCCUGCACCGUCAGCGACGAGUGUGGAAAGUGCGAAACAGAGUAUGCUAGAUGACAUGUUGAGGAGGCUGCAGAAGCAAAAAGCGUCAGAUGGGCCCGUGUUGUUUUUGAUGCUGGUGAUCGUCUUGUUUGCGCGACACUACGAUGGCGUUGUGUAUGCCACGGGGAAGUUUGCGCCGAAGCUGUUGAAACUGUUGAAGGGGAAGAUGGAGGAGGAGCAGUAUGGGCAGGUGGAGAAGUGGAAAGAGGCGGCUAAGACGAGUAGUUUGAGUGCGGACGAUAGGGCGGAGAUGGUGAGGAUGGCGGAGGUGAAGGAUGUCGUUAUUAAAUGAUGAUAGCUUUUCAACAGGCGAGAAGAUGGUUCACGAGUAGCGCAAUUGGAAAAUGGGAGCAAAAGUAAUGGAUAGUGAUUAUUACGAUUCAUUCAAGCUAUUUAUACAGCUGGUUUUAGGGUAAUAUAGGGGGUAUUCGUGAAAGUCAUGUCAUGAAACCAUGUCUAGAGGUGACCCGUCGCUCAGUGGGACCUCUUGUCUACAAUAUUACAUGUACACAGGAGACGAGACUGCAUCUAGUCCAUGAUGCCAGC